AUGCAAUUCGCUACUCUCGUCACCAUUGCACUCUCGCUUUUUACAGCGUCCGCCGAGGCCAAGAAGUUCUCCACCAGUAUGCAGAAAAUCCCUCAGGACGAGACCCUCGACGCCUCCCGUUUCGCCGAGUACACCAGCGCCUUGGCCAACAAGUACUCGCAGGCGUUUGCCGCCGGCCAGCCUGCGGGCCAGGCCCCACAGCACGUGGCCGAAAUCCCGUUUGUGGACUCGCAGCUGCAGCACGACGCGCCGUUGACCAACUACUUGAACGCACAGUAUUUCACGGAGAUUUCGCUCGGCACGCCCGGCCAGCCGUUCAAGGUCAUCUUGGACACGGGCUCGUCCAACUUGUGGGUGCCCUCUAAGGACUGUAGCUCGUUGGCGUGCUUCUUGCACUCCAAGUACGACCACGACCAGUCGUCGUCGUACAAGGCCAACGGCACGGACUUCAAGAUCCAGUACGGGUCCGGCGCCAUGCAGGGCUACGUGUCGCAGGACACAUUAACCAUGGGCGACUUGGUGAUCCCCAACCAGGACUUUGCCGAGGCCACGCUGGAGCCGGGGCUCGCGUUUGCCUUUGGCAAGUUCGACGGAAUCUUGGGCUUGGCUUACGACACCAUCUCGCAGAACAAGAUCGUGCCGCCCGUGUACAACGCCAUCCACCAGGGCAUGUUCGACGCGCCGCAGUUCGGCUUCUACUUGGGCGACGUCAACAAAGACGAGAACAACGGCGGUGUGGCCACUUUCGGCGGCUACGAUGAGUCCUUGUUCAAGGGCGACCUCACGUGGUUGCCCGUAAGACGCAAGGCGUACUGGGAGGUCACCUUCGAGGGCAUUGGCUUGGGCGACGAGUUUGCCGAGUUGGCCAAGACCGGCGCGGCCAUCGACACGGGCACGUCCUUGAUCACGUUGCCAUCGUCGUUGGCGGAGAUCAUCAACGCCAAGAUCGGCGCCACCAAGUCCUGGUCCGGCCAGUACCAGGUCGACUGUGACUCGCGGGAAUCCUUGCCCGACUUGACCUUGAACUUGGGCGGCCACAACUUCACCUUGACCGCGUUCGACUACACCUUGGAGGUGUCGGGCUCGUGUAUCUCUGCGUUCACGCCCAUGGACUUCCCAGAGCCCAUCGGUGACUUGUCCAUCAUUGGCGAUGCCUUUUUGAGAAAGUACUACUCAGUCUACGACUUGGAGAAGAACGCGGUAGGCUUGGCCCCUGUCCACUAG